AUGCUGGUGAUUUCGUGCGGCGGCGAACGACUCUUCUCGAAGGCGGCCAAGCCGAUGCCUGGCAGCAUCACCUCGCUUGUCUCUAGUUUGUGGUUCCGACUGCGGCAGCUUGGUGUCGAUCAUGGGGACGAGCGCGAGCCCAACCUGCUGUGGAACGCGCGGGAGCGACAGCUCGUGUGUAUCGACUUUGAGUGGGCCAAGAUUGCUGACCGGAAACAGGAGGAGGAGCGGCGGCGGGAGCAGAGGUGGGAGUGGAAGCGAAAGCACACAGCGGAGAUGCACAGGGCCGGAGGCGGCCGCCAUCGCUGGACGACGGCACUGGCAUCAAGAAGCUCGUUGCGUGAAGGAGGCCAUCGACGUGGACGUUAUAGACGGUAA